GGCACUCAUGAAAGUCAGAGUAUUUAGUUGAUAAAUGACUUUUGUUUAAGUGAAACUUGAACAUUUUCGCGUGAAAAAUUUCCAAUAUUUGUUAAAAUCGUUAUCUUAUCAAAGCACAAAUUAUCCAAAAAUAGAGAAACUUCGAUCCAUAAAUCUUUGCAAAAUAUUGCAGCAUGUCAUUUACUCAGGCAUCAUUUAAUUUGAUAAGAACCCUAUUUAAUGGAACCUCACGACGUUAUUCUGUAAAAACUAAGUCGAAUCUAACUCGGUUUAAUUAAGCUAAAAAAAUAAAGUAGUUCUUUCCAACUUUGAAACCCAUUUUGCUGCAAAAUGCGGAUGCCAGGCUUUAGUUUUUGGGUGACUGGAGUUGUGGGGACGGGAUUAGGGGGGCUUGGCGUGGUUACGGACUGUCUCAGCAUCCUCAUCCUUCUGCGGAUCAAGUCCCUCUUCGCCUUCAUCCUCGUCGGCCUGAGCACUUUCGACCUCUUUUUCAUCUCCACGUCCUUUCUCGCCUACUCCCUCCCCGCCCUCGUGGAACAAGACGGAAAAAGUAACCAAAUCUCGUCAAAGUUCCUAAUGUGGAUGGAAAUUUUGAACGACUACGCUCUCGUUGGAUCAAUCUACUGCACGAUUGCUCUCGCCUUUGAGCGAGUGCUGGCCCUUUACGACCCUUUCAAGGUGAAGUCGAAGUGGUCGUCCCCUCUGAAACCGGCCAUUAUCACGCUGAUUACCGUAAAUCUGAUCUCUUUGACGGUCCAACUGCUCAAAUUUAUCGACUACACGCCCAUCCCGGAUGAAACGGUGGAGGAGUGUGGUAUCGAUUCUGUCGAAUAUUCGGAGGGCUACACGGGCGUCAAUUUCCAAUACGUGGAGUACUACGUCCAGUGGCCGUUCUUCAUUUUAAUCAUCGCAUUGCCAUUUGGUUUGCUGACGGUGCUGAAUUUACUGGUUUGGUCCAAGAUGAAAGAAAUUCGGAAAAAUCGUCAAAUUUUGACCAAUACGGGGUCUUCAUCUACAGCUAUGUCCGGAUCGCUGGUAAAAAGUACGCCAAAAAUUGGGAACUCCGGAACCGUGGUGGCAAUAAUUAUUGUGUUCCUCUUUUGUCAAUUGGGAUGCAUUAUGUUCAUCGUGUGUAGGCAUUUUUUCGUUUGCGUGUUUCUGGAGUGGGGCAAUGUUCUCUUCAGUUUGGAAAUGUUCCUCUUGAAUAUUAACUCAUCGACGAAUUUCGUUAUUUAUUACUUAUCUGCAGCAAACUUUAGAACUGAGUUUAAAAAAUUAUUUCCGUUUUUAACUAGAAAAUGAUAAAAAGAAAGUGAAGAAAAAUAUUUCUAACUUUCUCCACAAAUCUAAAUUGGUAGAUAUUUACGCCAAUCCUGCAUUUAUUAAAUAAAUCUAAGGCAUAUAUUUAUGAGGUUUAUGGUGUUAUUUGCACUGUUGUAUUAAUAUAAUUUGUCGCAAACUUUCAAUGAAAGUUUGCAACAAAUAAUAUUGUAUGCAAAAUUGCGAUAUGGAGUUGCUUACAAUUUGUAAUGAAUUGAUCUCUCUUGAUAUUAGAAUAAAGGAUUAACAAAC